AUGAACAUAAUGAGGAAACAGAUCAAAGCUCUACCGAAUUCCGACACACCAACAGCUACAACGGCUCGUCCGACAUCUGGAGUUCAAGUUCCCACGCGAAGAAUAUAUGUACAACGGAUGGUGGUUGCUAGGAACGUACCUGAUCAAUCAAUACCCAAGCCACCACCUUGUCCUUCAGAACAAGCUGAGCGUCCUCAAACUUCAAACCAAGAUCAAGUGAUCUCUAACACGGUAUCCGAUGAUCAGAAUCAGGAAUCGACCAAUCAGACACCGAGUGGCAAUCGAUCAAGUGUGUCGAUCAAACAAGCUACCAUGAUUUCACGACUUUUAUCUGUUGCUGCAGCUGCAACUGCUUCUUCUCUAUUACCUAACUCGAUUAAUCCAGAUGGAACGACUAUCUCUAACGCCACCCCUCCUAUAGAUUGA